AUGGACAAACCUAAAGAUAGUAUCUGGCGUGAUGAAGGAUGGGAUGAUCCUUUAGAUUCUUCAACACCUUCUACACCUUCUUCAAAAGUCGUGGACCUUAAUAAACGAAUCAAAGAAAUGGGUGAAAUACAUUCUAGAACACCUUCAAGGGUACCAUCGAGAGUACCUUCUCCCAUACUUGAAAAUUCCUCAAAGAACAGUACAAGUUCAAGUCCUCAUACGAGUAAGGAGUAUGUUGAGAAUUCAAGUAUUUUGUAUACUGAUUUACACAAAAAGCUAUCUCGUUUGAAUAUCCCCAAAUUCAAUUCUGUUUCUGAUUCUAACUCGUGUUCCCGAGCUUGUUCGCCUUCAAGAAAGAACAACAGCGUCUCAAGUCCGUCGAUUCCCAAUAUCAUAAUAUCACCAGAGAGACAUGCCAUACGAAGAGAGGACAGUAUAGAUAUACCUGAACGACACAGAAUAGGGAACGAUGAUGAAUCGGUUUAUUUACCUGAUAUUGAAGAGGAGUUUUGGGGAACAGAUGAUACUACUGUACACAGCUCGAAUCAAGAACCAUCAAUAGAAACGCCCAAUGAUUUGAUGGAUCAAAUGACAAAUUGUCAUCUUACAAAAGAACAAAAGAGAUUGAUAAGUGUAUUAUCAGGAUUUCAUCGUGAGGGAUAUCGAAAUUCAGGUCCUAGACUAGAUCCUUCAGAUUGGAAUAUAUCAAUCUCAAUCUCAAUCUCAUCCUCGCCAUUCGAAUCUGCAGCGUGUGAAAAUGAUGACUAUCACGAUAUCAUCAAAAACCUCAAUAACAAAGACAUUGACGUUCCAGCUAUACCUUCCAGUGAUAGAUUCGUCUCUAUUUGUCAUUCAGCUUAUCGUGAGGCUUUGGACUACAAACGGAAUCCAGAUCUUCGCAAUUUCACAUUGACCGAUAAGAUCAACAGUUCGUGUGUAGAAGAAGGUAGUAGUACUCAUCAGCAGAUCCAGAAAUGUAAGGAGAAAGUCAAUUUAUACGAUAGUGAACCAGUCAAUUUUGCUAGAUACUCAACGACGAACAAAGAGAUAGAUCCCAGUGUGCAUUACCCAAGACCUAAGUCACCGUUACAACAGAGUGAGUAUACAUUACCAGCUAUAUCGCCAAAUCAGUCUGUUCGAAACAGUCUUGAUUCAGAUACUACUUUGGAUGAUGGACCAGGUUAUCUGCCAGGACGAUCGAGAACUGCACUCUCACUGUUGAGAGGCAAAGGAGAAGAUUUAUCGCCGACAACGAAUCAUGAAACAUCUCUUGAAAGACCCAAUAGGAACCGAUCUUCAUCUCUGAGACACCGUCUUCGAAAUCUUAGUCCAAGUCCAAGUCCAAGUCGUGUAAAAUCAUUUGGAUCAAAAAACCAAACUGAAUCGAAAGAAUCUCUUCCCUUCACGGUCUUUAGUCCUUUGAUCGCCGCCAGUUUCGAUUCAACAGCAUCAUUUCAAGCUCGUGUUGACGAAUAUGCAGAAUCUCAAAAAGGCACUUGUAGAAGUCUUAAAUACUUACUUGAAGCUCUAACAAUUCCAGACCCAAAUCUACAUUAUAUCUAA